AUGACACCCAAAAGAUUGGCCUUAUCGGUCGUUCUGCUGGUACUGGUGCUUGUAGUGGGGACUUUAGCCCAUGGAGGAAAUCUUAAUAAAAUCAGUAAGAAACAGAGAGGAAGAAUGACUGACAACUGCCCAACUCAGCCAGGAAUCCAAGAAGAUAAUGAAUUCCCAGAGACAGUGAAGGUGCGCAUACCUCUUGCCCAUGCGGAACCAAUGAACAGGAUGCCUCAUGAUGUUAAAAACAGAUCUCUCUCUCCAUGGGAUUACAGUGUUAAGGAAGAUCCUAACAGAUUCCCACACAUACUUUCUGAAGCCAGCUGCCGUUAUACCGUUUGCCUGGAUUCCACCGGGAAGAAUCUAAACUAUGCUGUGAACUCUGUUCCUAUUCAGCAGGAGAUCUUGGUGCUCAAACGCAAACAUAUUGGUUGCAAGCAGAGCUAUUGGUUGGAGAAACAGGUGAUCACCGUUGGAUGCACCUGUGCCUUUCCCACUUCCAAUGCUUAUCAGAAAAAGGUUUUCUAA